AUGUUGGAUGACGAACCAAAGUCAGUGAACGAAGCAUUGUCUGGACCAGAUGCGCUAUUCUGGAUAGAAGCGAUCAAUAGUGAAAUUGAAUCAAUUAUGAGAAAUAACACAUGGGUGUUAGUAGACCUGUCAGAAGGUUGUAAGACCAUAGGGUGCAAGUGGAUCCUGAGAAGGAAAUAUAAAACUGAUGGUACUAUUGAAAAGUACAAAGCUAGCCUAGUUGUGAAAGGCAUUAAGCAGCAAGAAGGAUAUGACUUCUUCGACACAUAUUCACCUGUUACAAGAAUCACUUGUAUUCGGGUGCUUCUUGCAAUUGCUGUUAUGUAUAGUCUUGAGAUUCACCAAAUGGAUGUGAAAACUGCCUUUCUGAAUGGUGAAUAG